AUGUAUAGCCUUUCGACUAUAAGCAGCAUUAAUGCUAACACUAGAUAUGGUUGCAACAAUGUCACUCCCCGGAAGUUUGAAGAGAUUGAUGCUAUUUACUCGGACAAAAUGAGUAAAGUAUUCAAAGGUGGUUUAAUCUACGAGUAUAGCGAGGAGCCAAAUAAUUACGGUUUGGUUCGCAUCAUGCCGAACGGCAGCAUCCAGCUCCUUUCUGACUUUCACCAGGCAAGAGAAAGGCUCAAUGCGAUUGCAUCAUCUAUUUCAACUCGUCCAGUUAUCGAAGCUUCCGAAGGAAAUGAGCGGAAAUGUAUGAACUCCUAUCGCAACUUGUUCACUACCAACAACUUACCACCUUGUGUUGCCCCAGACCUUGUCCAUAAAGGAGUGAAAAUCAACAGAGGAAAAUUUAUUGAACUCACGGAUGCAAUGCUCGAGUCUCCCUAUGAAAUUUUUGAUGUGGGCGGGAACCUGUUUUAUUUAGAGCUGCCAAAAGUGGUUCUCAAUCGAGAAAGCUUUGCUUCCCCUUACACCAUUAGUGGUAUGUAUAAGACAUCAUCUUCACCUAUUCGGUAUGGUAUGAGUGAUGAAGAGUUCGGUGGUGAGUCAGACGAAGAAACAAACUACGAUGAAAGCGAUUCCAGCAGUGAUUCUGGCAGCGAUACUGAUCAAAUUGGCCCCGGUCGAUUACUUUGUCCAGCUCCGCUGGCCCACUAUCAGCAAGAAGCCACACUUGUAGGACGGGUAAUCGAAGGGAUAUACAAUCUUUGGGCCAAGACCACUGCCAAGAUUUAUGGAACCCUCGGCUACGAAACUGGCAAGUACUCAUAA